AUGGUGAACCUUUUUAAGCGGAUGCGGAAGUUGAAGACCAUGCUCGAAGUCCGGGUCGGCACCGGCGCCGCCAUCUUCCCAACCUUGGCCACCGCCAGCAAAGAAUUCCCAGCCGUCACCCGCCUACACCUCACAUACGCGCAAAAGAUCUAUGGCGGCCACCAAGGCGCUCGUCACUUCUGGCGCAAAUGCCUCCCCCGCUUGAAGUACCACAACCCGGGUGUCCGAAUGACAGUACAACAAACAGAAGACCAAGCCGGACCGGCCGCAUUGACAAUUUACUUCGCCGAGCGGUUGAGCAGCACAGCGAGCGCCGUCGCAGGCAAGAACCAAGUCACCGAUAAGCACGCGCCAGCCCCGGAGGCCAAUGAGAAGACUGCCGUGGUGGACUUGAAGAAUUUGACAUGGGAGGAGAUCUGGAGUCGCGUGCAGGCGUCUACUGGUGCUGAGGAUGUUCCUGCUUCUGAGGCUGAUCAGGAGGAGGCGAAGAAAUUGAAGGCUAUUGCAGAGAAGGCGGUUGGAGACCGUGAGCGUAUACAGGCCAUGCGGCAGGCGAAGAAGGAUCAGGAGCGGAUGCUUGCUGAGGCGCGUGGUGAGGUUGAGAAGCUUAAGACGGUUUAA